CGGGGCGAUGCGUGCGUUUGGGGGGUGGGGCUGUGCGGGAGGAGCGGCCGGAGUGAGAGAGGGAGGCAAUGGGAGCGGGCAGAGAGCGGCCCCGGUAACCCGGUAUUUAGAGGCCCCGGGGAGAGCGGCCUGAGGUGUACCAAACUGACUGAGGGGAAACACCAUGGAACCAGACAUUAUUCGAAUGUAUUCUUCAUCACCACCACCACUAGAUGAUGGGACUGAAAUUGAUGAUGAGGAGUUUGGUGAAUUUGGUGGUUUUUCAGGAGUUGGUAGUUCAACCCUUGGUUAUACUGACUUUGAUUUAGAAGACCACCAUGGGAGCUUUAUGCCCCAGAAUCACUUUGUGCCUGGCCAUGAAUACUCCAGUCAUACAGAUGCAUUUGCUGACUUUCAUUCAGCAAGUGCUGUUGAGGGCAAAGACUUUCUUUCAGGCUUUUUGAGAUCGGCAGAAGGAAUGCCAAAUGACGUAUCUGUAAGUACUGAUAAGGAUGCAAUUCGAUUGAAAUCUUCAAGAAAUGAUUUUGAUUAUACAGCAACAGAACAAACAAUAGCAUCCAUAAAACAAAUGGAAGUAACUGCUAAAUUUGAUAGCCUGGUGAAGGAUUCUCAUGCAGUAGAUUCAGAACCAGAAGAGUACUGCAAUGGUAAAAAGAACAACCCAGAAAUUCUGACAAAUGGAUACCCAACAAAAGAAUCAACACACUCUCAGGGAAUAGAAAAUAUGGACACCAGAAAUGAUCAAAAAACUACAAAUGUUCACAUUUCUGAAUACUGGUCGGAGUCUAUGCCUAGACCAUUUGAGGACUUUGCUGAGUUUUCUGCAUUUUCAAAUGUUAAAGAGUCUGCCAGUUUAACAAAAGAAAAUGUAAGCGGGUCUCUGUCUACUAUUAGCAAAGCACCACUAAAAGGAGAGCAUGAUGCUGGCAAUCAUUCAGCUUUAGGGGAACUGCCAGAUGUCAGUUCAAACUUUGCAGUGGAUUGUGAUAAACUGAAAGCUGCUUCAAGAUGUAAAAGUGGGAAUGGUACAAAUGCAGAUAUAGAACACACCCAGUGCGACUCCUCUCAACCUAGUACUUCAGCUGACACAAGCAUUGCUCAUAGUAAUUGGAACUUAUCAGAAUCAAUGGAACACAUUGAAACUAGGGAUCAAAAUGCUCAGCAGUCAGUUCAGGAAUCUUUGGACAUAGUAGCAGAAACCAGUGCCACAGAAAGUAGAGAGAUUCAGUUAGAUACAGAUCAAUCAGAUAGUGUAAAACAAGAACUAGAUUUGGAAAUGUAUAGUCAUGAUGAGGAAGGGUAUGGUGAUUUUACAGACAGUGGUGUAUGUAGAAGGUCUACGAUUAAACAAGGCCAUGUAGUCAGUGAUGAACUACCGGAAACUGAUAUGAAACGGACAGAGGAAAAUGAGUCUGAUCGUUUUGGAAUUUCAAGAAGCAACUGUUCACAAGAUGGUGAUUUUUUUACUUUUAGUUCAGUGUUGAAUUCUGAUGCUACGGAUGAUGAUUUUGGAACAGCUGAUGUGCAUUGUGUAAACUCUGACAGUGAGACAGCUUCAAAGCUAACAACAGAAGAGUUUGCAACAUUUCAUGAAGCUGAUGUCAAAGACGAGUUUGGUGACUUUGAUAGCAUGAGCACCGACUCUCAAAAAACGUUUGCAGAGAAGGGGGUGGUAAAAGAGCUUAUUGUUUGUCAUGAAGAUGACAUGGAGUUUGGUGAGCAUGGAACUGCCACCACGGUUACAAAGACCGAUGACGAAGAGGAUUUUGGAGAAUUUGGAUCCAUUCAGGAAACUAAAAAUGGGUCCAAGUUUACAGGAUUCAAGAGUGAUGACUUUUCAACUGAUGGGCAAGACACUGAGUGGAGUGCUUUUGGGGAUUCAGCAGCUGAAAGCACAUCGUGGGCAGCUUUUGGUGAAGAGCAGUCUCUUGGUGCCUUUAAAGAAGAAAUGAGUCAGUGCAGCAGGACAGAACCUGCCCUUUCCAGUGACACCCAGUUGACUGGCUGGGCAGACUCUACUCCUGUUCAACCCAUUGAAGAAAAGACGAGAAUUAAGAGUUCAAGUCCAUUUGAAGAAUCUAUGUCACAAGUGUCUUUGCUAAGUCGUCUGGAGCGAGUUUUCCAAACGUGUUUUUCUCUGCCAGCUGUUAAGGUCACCAAAGAAGAACUCUGCUCUCUUGGGCAGCUACUGCAGUCUGGAUUUGGGGAGGGAGAGCAGAUCAAGACAAACAAUGGAGAGUUGUUGUCUGUCUGGACUGAGCUGCAAGAUGUGGAAGAUGCUCAUGGCCUGAGGUACCAGUGGGGUGGUUCGCACAGCAACAAAAAACUUCUGAUUUCCCUGGGAAUUGAUACCAGAAAUAUACUGUUUACAGGGCAGAGGAAGCAGCCUGUCAUAGUUCCAGCAUAUGCAUCUGGCCUGGGCAUGUUAGAACCCACCAAAGAACCAGUAAAACCAAUAUCAGCUGCAGAGAAGAUAGCUUCAAUAGGUCAAAUACCAACCAUAAGCGUAAUGCCCUCAGAGAUGUGUGCUUCUACGCCUGAUCAAACCCAGGAUCACGUCCCGCCUGUCCAGUUUGACUGGAGUAGCAGUGGCCUUACUAAUCCUCUUGAUGGUGUUGACCCAGAACUGUAUGAAUUGACCACAUCUAAACUGGAAGACUCUGGUACAGUCAAUCGAAUGACUGAUGCAUUUGCUCGCCUCAUGUCGACAGCAGAGAAGACCAGCACAUCCACCAGGAAACCAAAAAAGGAAGAAGUUCUUAGUAAGGAAGCUGCCACAGUAAUAGGAAGCCUUCCAGACUUGUCGUUCAUGCAUGCCAAAGUGCUGAUGUUUCCAACCACAUUAACACCUUUGGUAAGCUCCCACGAAAAGGCAGACUGAGCACUGGAUCAUAGUUUUAUUUUCUGAACAUUUUAAAAUCAAAAGUAUUUUGGCUUUCUCAAAAUAAAAUAAAACUAAUCAGUCAUUCAGAUGAUUUGUUAGUCAGUCCUGGAGAGUUCUACAGUCGAUACGAUGGUGUUGUAUAUUUAUUUAUACUGAAGUGAUUUAAGUGUUUAUAUUAGAAAAAUCUGUAAAUAUCAGGUGGAAGGUUUAUUUUGCAAAUUAGUUUUUCUUUCUGUUGCUGUGUUGGGUUGAAUAAAUUUGUUUUGUCAGCUAAUCUGACAGGGACCGUCAUAAAACAUUUUGAAACUGGUAUGACCGUAUUCAGAUUCUGACUAACAAAACCCUGGUGAAUUGUUUAAUGUUGGGUUUUGUUACUAGUUCUGAUGCAAAUGAGAACAGAUUUUUUUUGGGUAUUUCCAAGCCUAUUUGAUAAAAGGGCAAAGGUUAUAGGCAUUUUUGGCACUGCGAUUUGCCACAUUUCAUCAACCAGUGGUGCGUCUAGUAUAGCACUGGCUCAAAAUCGAGGUGACGCAGUUAUCAUUAAAGUCAUUACUGAGAUGAAAAUGUGAUGCUUAUUUAGGAAACCACUAUCUAAUAACAGCAUAGGCAUCAGCUGAGCUCAUCUGUGAAUGAGACGCUGCAUCUCAGAAGCCUGAGCUUUACUGGGGGGGAGGGGGAAACGAGGGACCAAUAUCUAGUUGUCUUAUUCAGACCCUUGAGGUGAGCCUGAUCUUUCACUCAUUAUUUCUGCUUUAUUUUGCCACUAAUACGAUUAUUGAGGAUUUUGCACAGUGUAAAGAUAAGGUGGACAUAAUAGUUUGCAGUGAUUUGGGCUGUAUGUACAGUAAUUAUGGAUUGUAAAUGUUGGUGAAAUUCCUAUGGAAAAUCUCUGAUACAAAGAAGAACCUACAUAGGUUGAUGUGCAUGUCCAGGUUCUUUUAUAACUGUAGUAUGUAAAUUUACUUUUAGAAUACACAGAAAAUAAAGAGAGAUGAUUUGAAAA